AUGGCCUGCGCGGCCGUGGAGAUGCCCGGCACCUGGAACCAGAUAGGCCGUGCGGCCGGUAUUGCUUUGGAUGAAAGGCAGAGAGCCUCAGGUGGAGAACAACGAACCCGUUUCGCCUCCUGCGCUGUGAAACGGACUACCCGGCCACCGUUGACGGAGGGCAAUAUGACACGGUUUACCUGGCCGAAAGUGGAGGCAUCUUCCUUAGCUCGUAAUCGUAAACAUACGGGAACGUCUAGUUGCAUAGAAGAGCUCAGAGCCAUAAUCGAAGCAGCCUUCUCGACGCCGGAGCUCAACCCUCCCCCGGCCUACGACGAUGCCAUCCUUGAUCUACCGCCUGAAUACACCACAGCCGAGUAUGCUCGCGCAAAGGUGGAUACAACGGCCGGCCCUGCACCAGCCAGGCAACGGUCCACGAAGAAAACAGCCUCAUUACUCGAAGACCCAUUUGUAAAGAUAUCACUUGACCUAAAAGACGAUUCCAGAUUCAGAUCCCAUGCAAAGAAGAAGAAAGCAGCUCCGAAAAAGGCAGCUCCCACACCAGCAGCAGACCCCUGGGCAGAAGAUACUAAGAAAGGCGACGGAGCUGCCCAAGAGGAUAAUGCAGGGGGAGGCGAUGGGGGAGAUGCUGCUGGCGGCGCCGGUGGGGGCGGUGAUGACCCUGGUGGAAACGGAGAUAAAGGCGGAGGCGAUGAUGAGUGGGAUCAGCCUGCCGCAAAGAAGAAGGAUAAGAAAAAGAAGAAGGGCAAGAAAGAUGAAGAGGAAGAGGAAGAGAAGAAGAAACAGGAAGAAGAGGCAGAAAAGAAGAGACUGGAGGAAGAAGAGGAGAAGAAGCGAAUAGAGGAAGAGGAAGAGAAGAAACGUCUAGAGGAAGAAGAGAAAAAGGCCAAAACCGACGAUUUUGGAAUCAAGGCUGGUGGCGAUAUCUCUUGGGCGGAUGAUGCAAAUGGGGAUAACAGUUGGGGCGAUUUUGGGGCCACUACCACGCCGGCAGCGGGUUCAAAGAAGAAGAAGGGUAAAAAGGGCAAGGCUGUCACCGAGCUUCCACCUGCCGAUCCACCACCCAGCUCAUUCCAGGACGUCAGUUUAGAUGACGGCGGUGCGGCGCCGCAGAUUGAUUUAUCUUUUGCAGGAGACGACACGAAGGGGUCCGGGACCGGGUUUAGUUUUGGCGGCUGGGGAAAAGACUGGAAUACUGGCGGUAAACUUGAUAUUGGAGCCGGUGGCGAAGGCAAAGACGACACAGGUUCAACAAAUCCAUGGGGUGGUGAUAGUAAGAAGGGUAAGAAAAAGACAACCGCAUCCGAUGGGUUCGACUUUGAUUUCGAGUCAACUGGUAUAGACGACAAAGCUGCCGAGCCUAUCGAUGCCUUUGCCGCUGAGAAAGAAUCCGCAGACGCCUGGGGGGUACCGGCUGCUACAACGACUGGGAAGGGUAAAAAGAAGAAGAAAGGGGCAGCUGGAUUGGCUUCUUCGACUCCAGCAGAACCCGAAGAGAAAGCACCGGAACCCGAUGAUUGGAACGACUUCUCCACAUCUACGUCGAAGAAGAGUAAGAAGAAAACUACAAGCGCCUGGGGUGAUCUCGAUGAGCCAGCAAACGACGGUCUGGCAGACGGCGAUGACUUUUUCGCCGACCUAGGCAAAAACGACAAGGCCGCUGCUCCUGACCCUCCUGCUGACCCUGUGGUCGAGGAAAAACCCCCGGAGGACGACCCCUGGGCUGCCCCAGCUGCUCCUGCAGGGAAGAAAGAAAAGAAAAAGAAAAAGAAGAAAGGAGCAGCGGAUCCUGAACCAGAGCCUGAGCCAGUAAAGGAAGAAGAACCGGUCAAGGAAGAGCUGCCACCACCGCCUCCACCGGCUCCGGUAGAGGAUGAAUGGGACACCUUUGGCGGCGCUACCACGACCUCAUCUAAGAAGGAUAAGAAAAAGAAGAAAGGAGUACUGUCGGACCCGGUCGUAGAGCCAGAACCCGAACUGCCAAAGGAAGAAAAGCCUGUCGAGGAAGUGGUAGAAGAAACCUGGGGAAGUGUCCCGGCUCCAACGAAAAAGAGCGGAAAGAAGAAAAAGGGCGCUGCAGCAGCAGAACCUGUCAUUGCAGAGGUUGAACCUGAACCCGAACCAAUCAUAGAAGAACCUCCUGCGGAAGAAAAACCUGCGGAAGAUUGGGGAUCGUUCAGUGCUCCCGCUCCGACCAAGAAGGAUAAAAAGAAAAAGAAAGGCGGUGCGGUAGCAGAGCCGGUUAUUCCUGACCCUGAGCCUGAGCCUGUCGUGGAACCCGAACCUAUCGUUGAGCCACCCCCUGUGGAAGAAAAGCCGACCGAGUCGACUGGAUGGGGAUUCGGUGUUCCUGCUACUUCUUCCAAGAAGAAGAAGAAGAAAGGUGCCGCUGCUGAACCUCCACCUCCGCCUCCGCCGCCUCCGGAACCUGAACCCGAGCCUGAGCCUGAGCCCGUAGUCGAUGCGGCCAAGGAAGAAGAGCCGGCAGAUGAUUUCUGGGGAUUCUCUAGCUCAAAGAAAGACAAGAAGAAGAAAAAGAAAGAUGAGCCCGAGCCCGCCCCUGUCGAGGCCGAGCAGCCUUCGGAUAUUUUUGGAGAUGAGGGCUCCUGGGGUAAUGAUCUAGGUAAAAAGGACAAGAAGUCAAAGACUGCAGGCACCGACCUGUUUGAUGACCCGCCCAAAGCCGACGAUACAUGGGGUGGUCUUACUUCGAGUUCGAAAAAGGACAAGAAGAAAAAGGGUAAAACUGCGGCAGAGCCUGCAGCAUCGAAAGCCUUUGACUUCGGCGACGACCCUCCCCCAGAGCCCGCAGGCGCGGUCGAGGAAGCUGACGACUGGUUCGGUCUACCCAGCAAGAAGAAAUCUAGCAAAAAGGACGACCCCCUUGAAAUUCCUGAAUUCGUCGACGAUUUCGCCGAGGACGUAGGGAAGAAGAAGGAGGAGGAGGAGAAGCCUGUGAAAGAAACCAAGUCGUCAAAGAAGAGCAAAAAGAAAGGUGGCGCAUCGGUCGAUCCAGCACCUCUGGAUCCAGUAGUUGAAGACCUGCCCAAAGUUGACUUCUUCGAGGAAACGAAGGACGAGCCUGAUCUGCUGGCUCCCCCUCCUGUUGACGCUUUUGAUAGUUGGGGUACCGGGGCAACCACAACUAAAAAGAAGGAUAAGAAAAAGAAGGGCGCUGCAGCUCUCCCUGACCCGGAACCAGAGCCCGCACCAAUCGUUGAGAAAGCCGAGACUACUGACGUGGGUAGCGGAUGGGGUUGGGGUGGUACGACAACCAAGGCAAAGAAAGGGAAAAAGGGAAGUGUCAUCGAGGAGGAUACGACAAGUAAGGCGCCAGAGAAAGAUCCAUUCGCUCUUGACAACGACUUCCUUGACCAACCAGCGGCCGACACAAAGAAAAAGAAGAAGAAGGGUGCAGCUGCUCAAAAGUCAAUUAUAGAAGAGCCAGAGGUACUACCGGAGCCCGAACCAGAACCAGAACCUGAACCUCAACCCGAACCCGAACCUGAACCAGAGCCAGAACCAGAGCCAGUUCAAUCAUCCUCAUGGAGCCUCUGGGGUUCUUCCAAGACUACAAAGGAUAAGAAACCCAAGACAAGUAAAGCUGCUCCAGCUGUCGUCCCCGAAGCCACGGAAGAGCCUGAGAAAGCAACCUCGAAAGGGAAGAAGGGUAAAAAGGCCACCGAAGAUAUUAUAGAUGUCCUCCCUCAGGACGACGGUGCUGCGAACGUCGGCUCCGGCGAACUGGUCCCCAUCCCCAAGGCGCAGGACGAAAGUACCUGGGACAUCUGGGGAACGAUCACCAACAACAAGAAGAAGGGGAAGAAGGGCGCCAGCGAACUGCCGCCGCCAGCGCCUACACCCCCGGAAUUCCCGCCCGAACAUGGUGGUGAUGACAUCGUCGACACGUGGGACGAUAUUACUGCUCCCUGGCCCAGCGCGAUAAAGAAGAGUUCCCUUUCGCGAACGACUACGUCAACGUCGAAAGCAUCGCACCUCGAGGAGAGCAAACUAAGUAAGACGAAGGGCAAGGGACUGGAGGUCGUCGAUGUAUCUGGCGAUCCCAACCUUGAUACUCCGACAGAGGACGUGUCGGCUUCAAAGGCUGCCAAAGGAGGAUACUGGGGCUUUGGGCUCGCUUCGGGUGGGAAGACCAGCAGCGGCAGCAAGGCCAAGGGAGUAGACACCGGUGCAGACGACCUGCUAGACCUGGUCGACGAGGAGCCCAAACCCGCUAGUAAGUCGACUAGUAAAGCCGAUAAGAAGGCCUCCAAGAAGGACUCCAAGAAGGAUGCUGCCAAAAAGGAGGCCAAAAAGGAGUCGCCCGCCGACAAGCUGGAUGUAGACGAAGGUUGGGGCGAGCUGGAAGCGGCUAGCGCUGCGCCUGUGGCUGACAAAGCGACCAAGCGAGCGACAUCGACGACGACGACGGCGACGACUUCAGCGACCAAGACUGCGGGCAAGUCGUCUGUCGCAGAACGCAUCAAGCAGCUGGAGCAGAGCCGAAAGCUCGAGAAGGAGGCCGCGAAGACCAAGGAGACACCCAAGCCCAAGGAGAAGCCCAAGCCCGAGCCCGCCGCGCCUGUCGAGCCCGCUCCGGAGCCUGAAGUAGAGCCGCCAGAGGACUCGUCCACCAGGACCGUCAAGCCGUCGAAGAAGGAGUCGGCGGCUUCCAAGGCCAAGGCGACCGCUGGAGCCAAGUCGAAAUCAAAAUCCAAGGCAAAGACCAGCGACGUUGUUGACGUCGUCGACUUCGUUGAAGCUCCAGCACCCAAGGAGCCAACUCCACGUGAUUCAGUACCAGGGAGUUUCCCAGGCGCCUUUGACGACCUCGUUGACAUUGACGAACCGGAGCCUGAGCCUCCUGCGCCGGUGAAGGCGAAGGUGCUGGAGGAGGACCUCCUGUCCGAGUCAGAAGGUGACGCCAGAGGCCUGCUGUCGGAGCCUGAGCCUGCUCCUGAACCUGAGCCUGAGGCUGCCACAUCUACUCGCCCGGGAACAGCAAAGCCGGACGGUGAUGUAGCCGAUACCAUGUCAGGCUCCCCGCCAAAGAAGCCAGCCAAGAAGGAACGCGCCAGGAUUGAUCGUACCUCCGGAGCUGCCUCCUGGGCUCUCUGGGGGGCCGCUGGAGCAUCAGGACCGGCCCCGAAGAAGUCAGCUAAAAAGGAGUCCAAGCCCAAGGAUCCGGGAGAGCCGCCUGUGAUGAAGAAGGAGAAGGAGAAGGAAAAGGAAAAGCCCUCCGGCCUGGGCAGGUCCAAAUCUUCAGCUACUAAAAGGGAGAAAGUCUCUAGCCUGGGUGCGGAGAUGGAAAAGUCUUCCAGCUCAGACAAGGACAAGCGUCCUUCUCGACCGUCCAGACACAGCCGCGGUAUGAGUUUUCCCUUUAUGCUUUCAGGGCCACCGCCCACUAGGUCAAAGAGCACCAAACGCGCUUCGGCGUCGAAGCCUACUUCCAGACGACACUCUAUGGAUAUUGACGACUCCGGCCUUUUAACGCCUCGUGAUAGCCCGGAAAUCCCUGACAAGGCUGCUAGAAUGAUGGGUAUGGAAGCUAAGCGCACAAAGCAUAGUUCUAGCCAUAAGAAGCGAUCAGGCCCACGCGAUCCAUAUGCACUUGACGACGACAUUGAUAUGUUGAGUCCAGAUGACGGAUUGGUUUCGCCCCCUGGUCGAUCCUCAAGAGACCCAGAGCACAAGCGGAAGUCAAGGAGAGAGUCCAAAAAACAUAGCAGUGAUCCCGCGUUGGGUUCGCCAGCCCCCGAAAUAAUCUCGGGUAGGGACGAUAUUGGUAUAAUGAAUACUUCUCCAAAGGAGCCUACACCAUUGCGUCGUUCCAACACGUCUCCCAAACGGCCCGAUGGCCUGUUCGGCUUCUUAUCACUUCGAAAGCCUGCACCCCGAGCCCCAGAGGUUCGUGAGCGUCCCAAGUCCCGCUCCCGCCAUGAGCCCUCAAGGAGAGAUACGGAAAGGGAAAAAGAUGGUCCUAAACACCGAAGGAGGUCUGUAAGACCUGACACGGAUGGCGAGGGUUUUACUACUGAUGCUAUGAGAACCGGUAACAACAGCCCAACCGAGGAAGCCGAGAUUCGGAGGGCAAAGCGCAAGGCCGAAAGGGCGAAGCUACGCGAGGAAAGGGAUGAGAAGGCCCGUGAGACAGAUCGUGAAGGCCGUCGACACAAACGACACGCGAGAGAGAUGGAGGAUGCCCCCCAUGAAUCGAAGCGUGAAAAGAAACCGGACCGCCGGUCACGUUCAGAGAGACCACCAAAGGACCCUCUUUCGCCUACGGAGGGUCGUCGCCAUCGAUCUCACCGUACUGAUGAUGAAGGCGGAAAGACAAGGCGCCGUAGAUCAUCCCCGGACAACCAUAAACCUCGACGUGAGAAAUCAUCCCGUCAUGAACACGCUGUUCCAUACCCAGUCAUGGUAAAUGGGGGCAAGGACAAAACCUCGUCAUGGGUCAAAUCUCAAAUGUCAGAUCCCCCCGAAGCGCCUCCCGUUGUCGCGACGGUUCUAGACAUGCCUAAUCCGGCCCGCGGACCCCAGAAUGUUUCUUUGUCAUCCGACGAAGAGGCACGAAGGGCAAUCCACCGUCGCUCGCGAAGGAAAUCUCGCCCUAUCGAUGGACUUGAUACUGAUACCGAGAAACGGCCCAGAAGGCGCGAAUCUCGCCGAGAGGGCCGUGAACCGGUCCGAAGCAAUGAAAGCAGUGGCGAUAUGGACAAUCGCUACGGCGGUAUGAAUCCAAAGAGAACGAGCUGGUUCAAGAAACUUACCGGCGGCUUCUGA